AUGGAAAAAUCAAAGGAAAUAUUUUACGACAAAGAAAAAAAAUAUUUUCUUUAUUUAAUGGUGUAUAUUAGUAGAUUUUUUAUGAACGAUGAAGAAAUAGUUAUAUUUGAUAUGUUUGCUCAUAAUGAAUGCUUAUAUUUAGAAAAAGAUAUAAUAAGCAGUAUUAACAUGAAUGAGCAAAAAAUAAGAAGCAUCUUAUCAAAAUUAUUAAAAGAAAAAUAUAUUAUACAAGUACAAAAAUAUAAAAAUAAUGAAAAAGGAUCAUAUUAUCAAACUUAUUAUUGUCUAAACAAUUAUAUUGUUUAUGUAAUUGAUUAUAGAAUAAAACAAAUGGAAUUAGAGCUUCAAAAAAAAAAAAAUGAAUGUGACGUAUAUAUUUGUAAAUUUUGCAAUGCAACAUAUUCUCAGCUUGAUGCUCAAAUACUUCCACUCGAUCCAUAUGAUGCCCAUUUUCUUUGUUUUUGCAAUAAUAAAAUUGAGUUAAUUGAAAAGGAUGAUGUGAGUACUGAAAAAAUGUACAACAAAUAUACAAAAUAUUUAAACAUAUUAAAAGAGCACAUUGAAAAGUUAAAGAAUUAUUUCAUACCUCUAUAUACAGAAAAAUUCAAUACAAACAAAUUAAACUCUGCUAAUUCAUAUGUAACAGAUAUUUCCUCAGAUGGUUCUGUUACAAACAAUUCAUCGGAAAUAUCGCAAACAAAUAAUUCAUCUCUGCUUUCGCAAAGCAAUACUAUGAUAGACAUUAUAAAUAAUAGGAUUGUCGAAAAUGAACGAAAGAAAAAAGACGAAAUACAGCCAGAUGUUUGUAAUAGCAGUAUUAUACGAACAGAUAAAAAAAUCAAAAUUUGCAUGAACAUGAAAGGUAAAAAUGAUUUGAAAGAAACUCAAAAUAAUGAUCAUAUAAAACUUACUAAUACAGUAAAUGAUGAAAAACGAGAAAAAAAUAAAAUUAUUAAUGAUAUAAAAAACAAAAAUAACUCAAAUGAUAAGCAUGAACUCGAGGAACCAGAAAUACCACUCUUCUUUAUCCAGAAGUUUAACAAGAAAUUCACCCUUAUCGAGGCGCAAAAAUUGCAACAAGAUAUGUCGCAGGAAGAAUUUGAAAAUUUCAUGGAACUUCAAGACGAAUAUUUGGAUCAAAUAUAA